UCCGGCUGUACGUGUAAUUUUCCUAUCGAUAAGUAUGAAAACGGCUGUAAUUACCAUCGAUUGACGAUUGUAAGCGCUUACUUGCCUCGUUCACUCUUGUGGUGAGCCUAUCAGAUUCACUCGGCUCUUUCGUUCACCACGAUUCAAGUACUCGGCACCUCCCUCUCUAGCUCCGCCAGAUAUUUAAUCAAACCAUUAACGAUUCGCCCUCUCUUGCUCUCUCUUUCAUCAACCAACUCCUCAAAAAAUGUACCCAUCCGAUGGUAUCCGAUCCCAGCUCGAGUGGAACUCUACUUUGAGCACCACCAAUGUUCCUGUACCCACAGAAAGCUCUAAAUAUCUCCGCAAGACUUCUAUCAUUGCCACUAUCGGUCCAAAAGUCAACACUGUUGAGAAGCUUGCUGACCUUCGACGUGCUGGUGUCAAUGUUGUUCGCAUGAAUUUCUCCCAUGGAUCCUACGAGUAUCAUCAAAGCGUCAUUGACAAUACCAGGAAGAUGGUCGCGCAGGAUCCUCAAGGACGCCCUGUUGCAAUCGCUUUGGACACAAAAGGUCCUGAGAUUCGCACAGGUCUGACGAGAGAGGGAAAAGAUUGGCCUGUUUCCGCCGGUCACGAGUUUGUGAUCUCAACCGACCCAAAAUACAGCGAGGCUUGUGAUGACCAGGUUAUGUGGGUUGAUUAUACCAAUCUUCCUAAAGUCACGGCACCUGGAAAACUAAUUUACGUGGAUGACGGCAUUCUGUCUCUCCUGGUUCUCGCCAUUGAUGGCCCUAAUGUGCGUGUUCGCACUCUGAACAACGGGAACAUUAGCUCCCGCAAGGGCGUGAAUCUUCCCAAAACCGAUGUCGACCUUCCAGCUCUUUCAGACAAGGAUAAGAAGGAUUUGCUAUUUGGUGUUAAAAACGGAGUUGACAUGAUAUUCGCUUCCUUCAUCCGCAAAGCCCAGGACGUCAAGGAUAUUCGCACAGUUCUCGGACCAGACGGUGCUAACAUCAAAAUCAUCGUCAAGAUUGAAAACGAACAAGGUGUCGCGAACUUUGACGAAAUUUUGAAGGAGACCGACGGCGUUAUGGUUGCUCGUGGCGAUCUUGGAAUUGAGAUCCCAGCUAGCCAAGUCUUCCUUGCCCAAAAGAUGAUGAUUGCUAAAUCCAACAUUGCUGGAAAACCAGUUAUCGUCGCAACCCAAAUGCUCGAGUCUAUGACAUACAACCCACGACCCACCCGUGCUGAGGUCAGUGAUGUAGCCAAUGCUGUUCUCGACGGCGCCGAUUGUGUUAUGUUGUCGGGAGAAACUGCUAAGGGCAACUAUCCCAUUCAAUCUGUUCUCAUGAUGGCUGAAACCUGUCUUCUUGCUGAGUCGGCCAUCUGCUACCCGCCCCUAUUCGAUGAUAUUCGAAGCAUUCAGCCUCGGCCAACUGAGACCGCAGAGACUGUUGCCAUCGCAGCCGUAGCAGCUGCCUCCGAGCAGGGUGCUAGUGCUAUCAUCGUCCUCUCCACAAGUGGACACACUGCAUGUUUGAUCUCCAAAUAUCGACCUUCUGUUCCAAUCAUCACUGUUACUCGCAACCAGCAAACUUCUCGGCAGAUCCACUUGCACCGGGGCUGCUAUCCCUUCUGGUAUCCUGAGCCCAGAGGAAUUGAAGGCCACCAGUGGCAGACUGACGUGGACAAUCGAAUCCGCUUUGGGCUGCGCAACGCACUUGCCUUGAACAUCAUCACACCUGGAUCAACGAUCAUUGCCGUUCAGGGAUGGAAGGGUGGGCUGGGUCAUACCAACACCCUACGUGUCCUGUCUGUGCCCACAGACAGCGCCGAUUUGGAGCUGCAGCCGCUCGGCUCUGUGUAGAUCAUCACAUGGACAUUGCAUGUAAAACCGAAAGUGCCCCCGAUUGUACCAGUAGUGUUUAUAGAGUCUAAGAUAUAUUUUACGAGUUUGCCAAAA